AUGGGUUGGGUGCAGAACGUCGACGAGAAGGUCGCCAAAAGCGCCGUCGGAAAAUGGUUCCGACUGGAUGGCUCUGGACAUCCCAAGGAACGCAAGGGCUCCCGCUUCUUUACUGAGGUCCGUGGUGGUAUUGCUGCCUUCUUCGCCAUGGCCUACAUCAUCGCCGUCAAUGCUUCCAUCGUUGCCGACACUGGCGGUACUUGCGUCUGUAAUGGCGGCGAGGCUGAUCCCAUCUGUGCCACUGAUACCGACUAUGCCCUCUGUUCUGCCGAGAUCAAGCGAGAUCUGGUCACCGCGACUGCCGCCAUCUCGGCCUUGGCUUCUUUCUGUAUGGGAUUGUUUGCGAACCUGCCCGUCUCUUUGGCCCCUGGAAUGGGUCUGAACGCCUACUUUGCCUACACCGUCGUUGGUUAUCACGGCACCGGCACGGUUCCGUACUCGGUUGCUCUCACGGCCAUCUUCGUUGAGGGCUGGAUCUUCUUUGCCCUGGCCCUCUUUGGUAUGCGACAGUGGUUGGCUCGUGCGAUCCCCAAGUCGAUCAAGCUUGCUACGAGUGUCGGUAUCGGUCUGUUCCUUACCCUGAUCGGUUUGACUUACAGCGAGGGUUUGGGUCUCAUUGUGGGCGCCACCGACACACCCCUAGAGCUUGCCGGAUGUAUCGAGAGCUUGCAGGACGAGGAUGGUCUUUGCCCGAGCAGCACCAAGAUGCGCAACCCCGCCAUGUGGAUUGGUAUCUUCUGUGGUGGUAUCCUUACCGUUAUCCUGAUGAUGUACCGCUUCAAGGGUGCCAUCAUUGCCGGUAUCAUCCUGGUCAGCAUCAUUUCGUGGCCUCGUACCACCGACGUGACCUACUUCCCUUACACCGAGGUUGGCGACGACGCCUUUGACUUUUUCAAGAAGGUUGUGGACUUCCACCAGAUCACCAGGACCCUGAGUGUGCAGGAAUGGGCUAUUGGCAGCUACGGCGGACAGUUUGGUCUCGCUCUCAUUACCUUCCUCUACGUCGAUAUCCUCGACUGCACAGGUACCUUGUACUCCAUGGCCCAAUUUGCCGACCUGAUCGACCCAGUCACUCAGGACUUUGAGGGCUCCUCGAUCGCCUACAUGGUUGACGCCAUCAGCAUCUCCAUUGGCGCUCUGCUGGGCACCCCGCCGGUUACAGCCUUUGUCGAGUCCGGUGCUGGAAUCUCUGAGGGUGGCAAGACUGGUCUCACCUCCAUGGUGACCGGUAUCUGCUUCUUCAUCUCCAUCUUCUUUGCCCCCAUCUUUGCCUCGAUCCCGCCGUGGGCCACUGGCUGCGUGCUGAUCCUGGUCGGUGCUAUGAUGAUGAAGGCCGUUACCGAAAUCAACUGGCGCUACCUGGGUGACGCCAUUCCGGCCUUCUUGACCAUUGCCCUCAUGCCCUUUACCUACUCCAUUGCUGACGGUCUGAUCGCCGGUGUGUGCACGUACAUUGUGAUCAACACCACCGUCUGGCUGAUUGAGAAGGCGUCCGGCGGCCGCCUCGUACCCGCCGACAAGGCCCUCAAGGAGCCCUGGACCUACCGCAUCCCUGGCGGCUUCUUCCCGCCUUGGCUCCGCCGCCUCAGCAGCGGCAAGAAGGAUUUCUGGCGUGAGGACCCCAUUCCCGUCGCUGAAGCUGCCUCGCACCGCCCCAGCCACGAGACUGCUGAGACCGAGACCAAGCCCAAGACCGCCGAUGGCUCUGCCAAGAACACCACCACUGAGGAGCUGGGCCUUCAUGAGAAGGGCGCUCAGGGAACGACUUUGUAG